CCCCUCCCUGCCCAAAUCCGCUGGGCUACUGGAGCGUGAGGUUCCGGCCAGCCUAGGCGCAAGGGGACAGGGCUGCUGAGAACUGGCCGGAGCCCAUCAGUGGGCCGCGGGGAGGAUGAGGGAAGCCUGCCGGAUUUGUGGCCGGGAGCUCUGCGGUAACCAGAGGCGCUGGAUCUUCCACACCACGGCGAAGCAUAACUUGCAGGUUUUGCUCUCGCACGUCCUGGGCAAGGAGGUCUUUCGAGAUGGCAAAGCCGAAUUUGCCUGCAGCAAGUGCGCCUUUAUGCUGGAGCGCAUCUAUCGCUUUGAUACGGUCAUUGCCCGCAUCGAAGCGCUCUCGAUCGAGCGGCUGCAGAAGCUAUUGCUGGAGAAGGACCGCCUCAAGUUGUGCAUCGCCGGCAUGUACAAGAAGAACAACGACGACUCCGGGGUGGAUGAGGCGGGAGACGUUUCCAGUCUGCCCGAUGUGCGCUAUUCGGCUCUGCUUCAGGAAGACUUCGCUUAUUCCGGCUUCGAAUGCUGGAUAGGACCGGAAGAGCGCGUCGUGGAACCGCACACCUGCCACGCCGCCGAGAGCGCCGGCAGCCGCCCCAGGCGAUGUCGGGGUUGCGCGGUGCUGCGUGUUGCGGAUGCUGACUAUGAGGCCAUUUGCAAAAUCCCGCGAAAAGUGGCAAGGAAUGUCUCUUCUCAGUGCUCUACGAGCACUUGUAAUGAAGAGUCGCCUGUGUGUGAGUCGAUAACGGCUGACCUGUCGCCAAGCGGCAAGGCACCUCUGGAUGAAGAAAGCAUGGAAGAGGAAACUCCCGGCUCGUCCCUGGAGUCCCUGGACACGACAGUGACAGCCAGCCCUGCACAUCAGAAAGUCGAGGAAACGGACGCGGAGGCAAAGAGAAGCGGGAAGUGUGAUUGCUGCAGAGGUGCUUGCAAUUUGUCACUGCAUGGGAACAGGUUGGACAUAGCUCUUAGCCUGGUCAAGGCUUUUGAUUGCAAGCCAAUCCAGAGUCCCAGGGGGAGCAAGCUGCCUGUUCCAGUCAAAUCAAGCUCUCUUUGCCAGGACCUGAUGGAUAAAAACACGUAUUCCGCCUUCCCAAAUGUGGCAGUGAAAUCUCAUCCUGAAUAUGCGUUACCCUUUCCCUUAGAGAUGUCUGACCUUCAGGUAUUGUGGGAAGACCUGUGUGUGGACUACAUGCCACUUCGAGUUAAGAAUUUGUGUGAGGAUCAGCAUCAACUUACUCACUGUGACUUGUCACCUGGCAAACAAUCAACUGAAUUAAAUAAGACGGAACUGCUGGAAAAAAUCAGGUGCUUUGAUGCUACAAAUAAGCAGCUGCAAGAGAAAUUGAAUGAGAUGAAUUUUGAAUUGAAGUCUGUCCAGCACACAUCUCAGAGGCAGGAUCACAAAAUCCAGAACUUGAAGGAGAUCUUGAAGAGCAAAGAGAACGAGUCCGAGGAACUCUACCAUGUAAUUGAGGGGCAGAAUGAGACAAUAGCCAAAGUACAAGACAUGCUACAUAGAAGCCAGCUUGGACAAUUACAGAUCCCAGAGGGUUCUUCCAUGUUGCAAGAAAAGCAGCAAAUAGCACUUCUUGAUUUGCAGGACACGCUUUUCUGCACCCAGCUGGAAGUACAGCAACUAAAGAGGGCUCAACAGCAAAAGGAGUGGCAGUUGGCUGAGGCCAGAAGGACCACCCAGUUUCUAGAGACCAUGUUGCAAGAAGAACAGCAGCAGAAAGAGGCAGCAUGGCAACACAAUAAGGAGUUGCGUGCUACCCUUCAGCAGUUAAAAACAGAGCUGCAGAACAAACACUGGCAAUGUUGUACUUUGGAGAUGGAAAAAUGGGCAAAGAUGCAGAGACAGGAGCAGAAAAUUAAGCAUUUGAACCACAACCUUGCUUGGAACGAACAGCUUCUACAGGAAUCUAAGGAACUCCUACAGUAUCAUCAGAAGUUGGACAAGAGCCCCACAUUUGCUGAUAAAAUGGUGCAGAAAUUGCAACAACGAAUUAAAGACAGAGAUACUGCCCUGGAGCGAGCAGUAGAUGAAAAAUUCUGUGUGCUUGAAGAUAGAGAACAAGAACGGCAGCAGCUCCAUUUGUCUGUAAAGGAGCGAGAGCGUGAUCUGGAAGGACUGCGCAGAGUCCUCUCCAGCAACCAAGCUACCAUUCAGGGCCUGGAGAGCUUAUUGAAAGCCAAGGGCUUGGAACUUGAGCAGCUGUUGGCCUCCUAUCAGAAUUUGAAGUGGCUGAAAGAAGAAAUGGAAGCAAAAUCCCACAAAUGGCAGACCGAGCAAGAGAGAAUUGUUCAGCAACUGCAGGCAGCUCUGUAUGACAGGAACAAGGAAGUGGAACUGGGGGCUGGGCAGAGGAAUAUUGUGGAAGAGCUCUGCUUCCGCCUUCAACAGAAGGAGCAGAUCAUCAAGGAAUUCCUAACGGACAAGAGCAGGCAGGCUGUAGAACAAGUGGCUGAGCUUCAGGAGUUGCUUCAAGCUGUGAGCUGCAGAGAGCAGCAGAGACAUAUAUAUUCUGCGAAGAUGGCACAAGCUCUGUUAGAAAGAAAUUGUGAGUUGCAAGUCCUGCGUCAACAGCUGAUGGGCCACAAUCUUCAACAGAAAGCAUCUGCUUCCACUGCCCAGCUAAUAAAAAAUGACGCAGCUCUUGAAGCAACGAAGCAAGAAAGCUCUGGCAAGAACACCACUACCAUGAUCUCUAAAAGAGGAGAUAUCAGAUCCAGGAUGGAGAAAGGUGUUUUGGAGACAACUGCCAGACUAGCGGAGGAACUCAAUAAUGCCAAAGAGGAACUUGAGCUGUUGACACGAAAGGAAAGAGAAAGCAGAUUGGAACUCACUGCUCUUCAGUCUGUGGUGGCCUCCCAGGAGGAGGAGCUGCAGGUCCAAGCUUCUGAUGUUGAAUCUCUUACUAGAAACAUCCAGAUCAAAGAAGAACUUAUAAAGGACUUGCAAAUGCAGCUGGUCGACCCUGAAGAAAUGCCUGCAAUUGAGCGACUUACCCAGGAAGUUUUGAUGCUUCAGGAAAAGGUAGCCAGAGUGGAAUUGCAAGGACAGGAAGCCACGGGAAACAGGAGGCUGCAGCUGUUGCUCGUUUUGGAGGGCCUGGCAACAGAGAAGGAACAGCUGAAUGAAACCCUGAAAGCAGAAAAGCAGUUCUACAGCACAUUGGUGAAGUUUCAUGCUCAUUCUGACAGCUCUCAACAAGAACAGACUCUGCACCUGCAGCUGGAGGAGGUCCAGGCACUCCGUGGACAGCUGGAAGAAGCUCUUGGAAGAAGCCUGGAGCUUCUGAGCAGGCUGGAAUCACCGGAUGGCAUUGGAGAUCUAAGUGUGGCUGAGGAUGCUGAAGAUGCCUGCACCGAGUUCACAGACAGUAUUGAGGAAGAGGCUCAAAGAGUCACUCACCAGCAGAAUAUUAAGGGAGAUGCUGAUGACAGCCUGGUGGGCUGUUCCAGUUGUCCUGCUUUAUUCUCUGUGGUGAGGGGAAACAGUCUGCAGGUGGAGCUGCUUUCUGCAAAAUCUGAGAUUCAGCAAGCUUUAGAGCAGAAAAAGAAGCUAGAAGCCGAGCUACAGGAUCUCAAGGGGCAGAUUGAGGAAGCUGGGUUCUCUUCUGUAUCUCAACUCAGGAAGGCCCUGCUGAGCCUGUGUCUAGAGAAUGCAGAGCUCAAGGAACAAGUUGGAGAAGCAAUGUUGUCAGAGGGUUGGGAGAAUGAGGACGAAAAGGAAGAUGAGGAGGACCUGAGGCUGGAAGCUAGGAAGUUACAAGAGAAGCUGCACACUUCGGAGGUUGUGAUUGGCCUCCUCAAAGAACAGUUGACUUUGAACAGCCAAGGAGGUGAAGGCACAUUCAGUAGCCAGUUCACUGCUCAGGAGAUGGAGCAGCUCCAGAUGGCUAAGCAGGGCACCCAUGAGGGGCUUCUCCAUGAUAAUCUCCCACAAUGGCACUUCCCACCACCCCAACAUGUGGAUUCCAGCUCAUCCCACAGUCCAAAAGGGAUCCAGAUGGGUGGAAGUAAAAUCGCAAAUGGCUUUUGGCAGCAGCCCCACUCAGAGUUGCCUCAGUGCAGGCAACAAUGUCACAAGCUACAGGACAAACUCUUGGUUUCAGAGGCCACCAUCCAGGCUCAGAUGGCCCAGUUGGACCAAUACCGGGCCAUGUGCAGUGAACCCAUGGUACAACAGGACAACAAGGAGAUACAAGUGGAUCUCCAGGACCUGGGCUAUGAGACCUGUGGAAGAAGUGAAAACGAGGCUGACAGGGAAGAGGCCACUAGUCCUGAAUGUGACUAUCAUGACGAGGAGAUAAGGUCUUGGAAGAAGUUGCUGGGCUCCCCUCCAAGCAGGCUGGUGAAGCAUGAGACACUCCUGGACUUCAGUCAGUGUGAUGAUGAUGCCAUUCUCCGCCAGCAUAUCCAGGCCCUCCAGGUGCAACUGCAGAGUUCCCACAAAGUCAUCCAGAACCUCCAGAGUCAUGUGUGCUCCAUAUCCACUACCAGUGACUAUGCCUCUGGGGGCGAGCACCCACUCAAGCUGAAGCAGGACUACACCGUGGGCAGCUCUCUUUCUCAGAGCAUGACAGAUGACGAUGAAGGGUGGCACUCUGACAGCUUGGGGUCCUUCGCCCCCCCUAUUCUCCAGCCCAACAAAGCCCUGGCCAGGCUCAUCCAGAGAGUGUCCCAUCUUGAGGCUCAUCUGGGUGAGGCCAAGCCAAAACUGAUAUUGCCAGAGGAGUUGAAACCUACAGCAUCAAUGGGGAAAUAUGAUUCGUUGGUCCAAGCUCAGGCCCGGGAGCUCUCCCAUCUGCGUCAGAUGAUGCGGGAGGGACAAGGGGUGUGCCGCAUGCUGAACCAACACUUCAGGGACACCAUCAAGUCCUUUGAGGAGCUCCUGCGAGGCACCGAUGUCAAUUACUUCUUGGGGCAGAACUUCCGUGAGCAGCUGGCACAAGGGAACCAGUUAGCAGGACGAUUAGCCAGGAAAAUGAACACUAGAACUGAUUUAAAUAUGGAGGACAGAUCAAAUCAUGAACUGCUUGUUCUGAGGCUGAGCAAGGAGCUCCAGGAGAAGGAACAAAUCAUCAAGACCCUCCAGGCCAAGCUUCAAGUGCACUCAGUGACCCCUUCCAGUAGCCACACUAUGUCUGAGUCACCCCGUUCUGGCAGCAGCACUUCCUUCCUCUCUGAUGGCCUGGAGAGCUGCUCUGACAUGGAUGAUGUGAAUGAGUACAUCUACCAGGAGGACCCCAGUGAAGGACAGUUCCGCAGCCUCCUAGGCAAAGAUCUUGGAAGUCAUUCUGGCAAAGCUUCUGCUCAGCUAUCUCAUCCCACCAUUGCCACUACAUCUCCUGCUGCUACUGCUGCUCCGGUAGAAUCCCUCCAAGGGAACCUUGCUUUGCCGUCUUCCCAACAUCCCUUGCAGAUUACCAGCCAAACUUCUAGAGGCUUCUGUUCUGAUUCCUUGUCCAAGCCAGCUAGUUUCCCUUUGGCUCCAUUUGACUCAGAGACCCACUUCUUCAUGCAUUUGGGGCCUCCACCUCCAGCCCUUGCUCCAGUUCUUGGCUGCUGCAGAACACCAGUCUUCUCAUUGGCCGAGGCACAGCAGGAGUUGCAGAUGCUGCAGAAGCAGCUGGGAGAAAGUGUAAAUCUCCCUGCACUGACAUCAAUAAAGCCAAGGUCACUGGCUGGCUUUCUUCCUGUAGACAGCCCUGCCAUCCCUUCCAAGCACUGCCUCCAGGCCUGCCAUCAUACUCCUCAGUUGUUGCCCCCGCAAAACUCAUCUGAAUGGAAGAUGAAAUCUGAGGGGGGCGUGGGGGAGAGCAGGACCCCCUGCUAUAUGCCUACACUCAGACAGCCUCAGGAGCAGCUUAUCUCUAGAAUCUUGCCUUCAUCUUCUCCAGCAGUGCUUUCUCACCAGAAAGUCUCAGCUACUAAUUUGCUGGAGGAGCAUCUAUCUGAGAUCCAGAUUCUCCGCCAGCGUCUAGAGGAGUCCAUCUGCACCAAUGACUGCCUGAGGGAGCAAUUGGAGACACGCUUGGCCUCAAUGGCAAAGAACAAUGGGACUCUCAAGCAGAAUGACCAGGUGCUAGUAGAUGAUGGCAACAAACAGAGGGUCCAUGUCAUAAGCCACCUCAGGGACUACAGCACUCAUAAGAAGCAGAGUCUGGAAGGCAAGAGUCUGAUCCACAAGAUGACACCUCUCCUACAGCCUUGCCUGGAACCACAAGGCAGCAAGGAGCAAUCAAUGAAGGAAGAGAUCCAGAUGCUCAGAGCCAAGUUGGCUGAGCAAGAAAAUCACCCGCAGAGUGCUAGCCAUGUCAAGAAGAGCAUGGAGAACUUCCUCCUCACUCACCUGAGAAGGACAUAUGAUGUGCUGAGGAAAGCAAGGACUAACCUGGAGGGGAUGUCCCAACAGCCUAUACUUCUCUCUGCCAUCAUGUGACCAUGUUCUUGUAUGGACCACAAAGGAACUGGAGACAGCCAAGUGCACAGAAACAAGAAGAGGAGGAAAACCACAGCAAGCUACAGAUCCCCACUCUGCCUAAGCCAGGCAUAAGAAAUUGUCUGCUUAGCACAUCAGAUUCUUCAUUGCCCAUCAAAUUCUGGCUUUCAGAAUUUGUCCUUGAACCCAACAAUUUGUUCUGGAACCUAGCCACCUUCUUGCCUAUAAACUCCUGCUGCUUUAGUGUAAAAUCCCUAUGGGGUCAGGGGUACAGCACAAAGCCACUUUCUUAACAAUAUCCAUAUAUGCUUUGGAAUAACUCUGCUGCUAGACACAAAGUUAAAAUUUGUCUGAAAAUGCUCCAGCCAUCAGUGCAAUAUUAGAAAUAAACUAGAUUAGUGCUAUACACACUGCUGUCAGAGAGAAGAUUGUUCUAAAAAUAGUAUCCUGAGAGUGGCCUCCAAAGCUGCCUGGUCUGACUCUUGAGACUGGAUGUUUGGUUGGAGCCCAGUCAGUUCUAGCAUUCUCCUGCAUGCCUAUUUAUGCUGUUUUCAAUAUAGAUCAGAGUGUACCAUGCACUUAUCAACACUAUACUUUCGUUGCUCCAGAGAAGUGUGGUCUUGACAUAGAUUCUUUGUAAAUGUGAUUGUGCUGGAUUACUGGGGAGCAGGGAGAGCAAAGCUCCCUUAGGCCCAUUCAUUGGACUCUUCACCUGCUCAUUUUCAUCUUUUGAAGUUGCCUCUAAAGCAGGCAUUCCCCUCACCCCAGCACAUAGGUUGUUUUCAGAAAUGCUCCCCCCACCUCUGCAGGACAUCCUAUAAUUGCUUAGGAGUAGGGUGGACAUCUAGAAGAUAACAACCAGUUUAUAUAUAAUGCAACUGUAACAAUUUGUGAAGAAGUUAGAAAGGCCCUCCUUGUAGCCUUUACAGCCCUAUAUGCUGUAAA